UUCAGUCCAGAGCUCUUGCAAUCCCGCUUCGUGUAAUUCUGAAAGAGGCUGGGAUUUAAGGGCGCACCUUCAGGCCCUACCCACGAAGACGGACUUGGAGAACUCAGUUUCCAGAUUGGAGCAGACCUAUAAGGUAGAGAUGGAGGCCCUGAAGGAUGAAACUAAACAUUUGGGCCAUAGGGUGGAGGCCUCUGAGCGCACCCAGGAGACUUUCCAAGGCCAUCUAGAGGAACAUCAUAAGGUGUUGGUGGCUCUCUCUAAACACAUCUCCCAGCUAUUGUCACAUCUGGACGAUAUUGAUAACCGUCAUCGCAGGAACAACCUGCGGAUCAGGGGGGUCUCAGAGCUGGUCCAAUCUAGUGACUUGGAGCUCACCGUUCAAGUGCUGUUUCACUCCUUAUUGAAGGGAGACGAGUCCUCCCCUAUUGAAAUGGACCGGGUCCAUCGUGCUUUGGGACCAAAAUCGGCCAACCCAAGUAGGCCGCGCAAUAUAGUAUGCCGCGUCCACUUCUACAAAGUAAAAGAGGCUAUUUUGAAAGCGGCCCGCCAGGCUGACAAAGUGGAGGUGGAUGGAUUCCAGGUUCAGAUUAUGCCGGACCUCUCUAGGAGAACUCUCCAGCUACGCAGGGCAGUCCGCCCCAUUCUCACCUUACUAAAGAACAGAGACAUCCAAUACAGGUGGGGGUUCCCCUUUCAGCUCCAUGCUAGGAGGGAUGGCAAGUUGGCAAUCUUCCGGGACCUGGGCGACCUACCCAAGUUCCUUGAGACCUUCUCACUACCAUCUGUCUCCCUCCCGGACUGGCCGUCUGUAUCAUCUCCACCGCAGUAACCUCCCAGGGAGCAAUGGUCCGUGAUAUCUCCCAGAGUAACGAGGCAGAGGAAGUCGCCAUGAGGGCUCCGGUGCUCACUCACCUUCCCCCUUAUUUCUUCCUCUUAUGGACCUUCACCUCCGUCCACGAAAAAAGAGGCCAAUUCUGGUGUCCAGGUGGAGGAUGCCGCAGAGGACCUUUCUGUGUUCAUGGUCGCCUCGUUAGGGCGGUUGGUUGGGGGUCACUCUCAAUUUGCUUCCACGGUACUGCCAGCCCUGGAUACCUUUGCUGAUGGUACUCCGAUCGUCCUGGGGGGAGAUAUUAAUUUUCCACUGGAUGCCACGCUAGACUCCUCAUCAGGUAGGUCCUCUACCCCGACUGGGGUGG